UGUGCGGGGGGGGGGGGUCUACUGGCAUGAACACCAGGUCGUCCAUUACUUGCCCAUUAUUCAUACCUCAGUUUCAUGAAACCAACAUGGAGUCCCUUCCAUCACUUUCUCCCUGAAGCACCAAUACAGCUUAACACAGGACUGUUCACACUGGCUGAUUGGGAUUGGCCUGCAACUUAAGUAGUCUUCUAAGUCUUGGUUAAACACCGACUGAAUAAAAUCUGUAUUUCUGUAAUACUAUGUACCUUAAAAGAAAGGAAUGAAUGCAAAGUGGAAACCUGCAAUGUGUCAACUGAAAGCUAGAAUAUUUAGUGUCCAUUGUCAUUCUCUACAAAAUACCAAAAUUGUAUUAAUAACGAUAAGUCUUUGCGCCCUGGCAGCUGCACCCGGUGGCUCUGCGGCCGUCACCAAGCCACAAAACGAAUAUAUUGAGUUACGCCAGAAGCAGUAUGGCUAUCGUUUGGAUUACCAUAUGAAAAAGAGAAAGCAGGAAGGUCGAGAGGCUCAUGAACGUUCAAAGAAGGCAAAAAAGAUGAUUGGUAAGCUUUACCAUAAACAGCGCCACGCUGAGAAAAUACAAAUGAAAAAGACUAUCAAGAUGCAUGAAAAGAGAAACACCAAGCCAAAGAAUGAAAAGACUCCACAAGGAGCAGUACCUGCAUAUCUACUGGACAGGGAGGGACAGUCCAGAGCUAAAGUACUUUCCAAUAUGAUUAAACAAAAAUGAAAAGAGAAAGCAGGAAAAUGGGAAGUCCCUAUGCCCAAAGUUCGUGCCCAGGGAGAAACGGCAGUAUUAAAAGCUAUUCGAACAGGAAAGAGAAAAAAGAAAGCAUGGAAGAGGAUGGUUACUAAAGUCUGCUUUGUUGGAGAUGGCUUUACUCGAAAACCACCUAAAUAUGAAAGAUUCAUUAGGCCAAUGGGCUUACGUUUCAAAAAGGCCCACGUAACACAUCCUGAAUUGAAAGCCACCUUUUGUCUGCCAAUACUUGGUGUAAAAAAGAAUCCCUCAUCCCCACUAUAUAGGUCUUUGGGUGUUAUUACCAAAGGUACUGUCAUUGAGGUGAACGUGAGGGAGUUGGGCCUUGUGACACAAGGAGGCAAGGUUAUUUGGGGAAAAUAUGCCCAGGUUACCAACAAUCCUGAAAACGAUGGAUGCAUAAAUGCAGUCUUGCUGGUUUGACAGCACUUUCAGACAAGUAACUCUUGACAAUUACUGAAGGCUACUCACCAGUUAGGAAAACACCAUUACUGUGGUGGUUCUCUGAAUACAGCCAGAUGGCCUUACCUACCUGCAGCCAUCAAGAGAACUAUGUAUUCUAUUGUAAGCAACAUUAAAAUAGGCUUACUUACAAAUUGGUCUUUAUUUUUCGGUCUGUUUAGCAUUUAGACGU